UCCUUCCACGUCUCCCGGAAGAGGUAGCCGGGCCACGGCAGGUCCGGGAGGAGGUUUGCUGAUCCUGGGCUCUCUCCGUGCCGGCUGCUGAGGAGGCCCGGCCGGGGAGGGCGACGAGGCCGCGGUGCCGCCGCUCCGGAGUCCUCAGGUUCACCAAUAGGAUUAUUCUGCUACCAUCAUGUCUUGGUUUGUUGAUCUUGCCGGAAAGGCUGAAGAUCUUUUAAACCGAGUUGAUCAAGGAGCUGCAACAGCUCUCAAUAGGAAGGAGAACACCAGCAGCAACAUAUACAGCAAGAAUAGUGACUAUCCGGAACUUCAUCAGCAAAACACAGAUUUGACUUAUGAGACUGAACCUAAAGCUACUUAUAUUUCCUCAGUAGCUGAUAACAUUCGAAAUCAAAAAGCCACCAUUUUAGCUGGCACUGCAAAUGUGAAAGUAGGAUCCAGGACAUCUGGGGAGGCCUCUCAACCUGUUGAAAAUGCAUCUAUUCCUAGGCCUUCAUCCCAGUUUGUUCGAAGGAAAAAGUCAGAACCUGAUGAUGAGCUCUUAUUUGAUUUUCUAAAUAGUUCACAGAAGGAGCCUACUGGGAGAGUGGAAAUCAAGAAAGAAAAGAGCAAGGCACCUGUCUUAUCAAGGUCUCGGACUUCAAGUGCCAGUUCUGUGAACACAGGUGUAACAACUGUCAAAACCUCUGAAGAAAUUCCUGGGAGCCAAAGCCAUGAAGCUGCUAAUAAUUCAGAUUCUGGUCCUGAAGGCCAAGAGGAUUCUUCAAAGGAACAUGCAUCAUCAGGUGCUAUAUGUGCUGAUCCUAAUCCAGCACCCAGUGAUGGUGGCAAAUCCCAUGAACUGUCUAAUCUUCGACUGGAGAAUCAACUGCUAAGGAAUGAAGUUCAGUCUUUAAAUCAGGAAAUGGCCUCAUUACUUCAGAGAUCCAAAGAAACUCAAGAAGAAUUAAACAAAGCAAGAGCAAGAGUCGAAAAAUGGAAUGUUGACCAUUCAAAAAGUGAUAGAAUAACUCGAGAACUCCGAGCCCAAGUAGAUGACCUGACCGAAGCAGUGGCUGCAAAGGAUUCCCAGCUGGCCGUACUUAAAGUGAGACUCCAGGAGGCUGAUCAGCUGCUCAGUUCUCGAACAGAGGCAUUGGAAGCCUUACAGAGUGAAAAGUCACGAAUAAUGCAGGAUCACAAUGAAGGCAGUAGCCUACAGAAUCAAGCUCUGCAAACUCUUCAGGAGAGACUGCAUGAAGCAGAUGCCAAUCUGAAGAGAGAGCAAGAGAGCUACAAACAGAUGCAGAGUGAGUUUGCGGCACGACUUAAUAAAAUGGAGGUGGAACGUCAGAAUUUGGCAGAAGCAGUUACUCUGGCAGAAAGAAAGUACUCUGAUGAGAAGAAGAGAGUUGAUGAACUACAGCAGCAAGUCAAGCUGUGCAAGUCAAAUUUGGAGUCUUCCAAGCAGGAAUUAAUCGAUUACAAGCAGAAAGCUACUAGAAUACUCCAAUCUAAAGAAAAAUUGAUUAACAGCUUAAAGGAAGGCUCUGGUUUUGAAGGUCUAGAUAGCAGUACUGCUAAUAGCAUGGAGCUAGAAGAACUUCGGCAUGAAAAGGAGAUGCAGAGGGAGGAAAUACAGAAGUUGAUGUGCCAGAUACAUCAGCUCAGGUCUGAGCUACAGGACAUGGAAGCUCAGCAGGUUAGUGAAGCAGAAUCAGCAAGAGAACAGUUACAAGAUUUGCAAGACCAGAUAGCUGGGCAGAAAACAUCUAAACAGGAGCUAGAAACAGAAUUGGAGCGACUGAAGCAGGAAUUCCACUACAUAGAGGAAGAUCUGUAUCGAACGAAGAACACUUUGCAAAGCAGAAUUAAAGAUCGUGAGGAAGAAAUUCAAAAACUCAGGAAUCAGCUUACCAAUAAAACUUUAAGUAACAGCAGUCAGUCCGAGUUAGAAAGUCGACUACAUCAGCUAACAGAGACCCUCAUCCAAAAGCAGACCAUGCUGGAGAGUCUCAGCACAGAAAAGAACUCCCUGGUCUUUCAGCUGGAACGCCUCGAGCAACAGAUGAGCUCUGCCUCCACGGGUCCCGUCAACAUGUCUGGAAUUGAGAAUGGAGAAGGCACACGUUUGCGAAAUGUUCCUGUUCUUUUUAAUGAUGCAGAAACUAACCUAGCAGGAAUGUAUGGAAAAGUUCGCAAAGCAGCUAGUUCCAUUGACCAGUUUAGUAUUCGUCUGGGAAUUUUUCUCCGAAGAUACCCCAUAGCUCGAGUGUUUGUAAUCAUCUAUAUGGCUUUGCUUCACCUCUGGGUCAUGAUUGUCCUAUUGACUUACACACCAGAAAUGCACCAUGACCAACCGUAUGGCAAAUGAAAGAGCCCAGUUGUUUUGCUGAUUGUCUUUGACUAAACCUGGAGUUUUCGGGAAGGCCAGUUGCCUAAACUGCUGAGGAGGGUGCACAAGAUGGUUUUAUCACUACAGCUUUUAACUUUUUAAGUUAUUAUAUAACUACUCUGCUGCCUACAUCUCCCUCUUGUUUCCUUCAAAUGGUAAGAGUUUCUAAAACAGACAUAAUUCAACAAGCUCAGCUCUGCUUUUUGAGUCCAAUGGUCUUAAUAUAUGUAGAUACUGGGGUUGCUCACCUUUGUACAGACCUCCCUGUAUUUUAGGUGACACUUAUUAUGGGUUAUAAUCAGGGAAAUUGUAUUUACUGAUAAAAAUAAAAAGUUUUCUUUUUUAGUAA